AUAUCAUCAUCAUCAUAAUAGUUGGAGUCUUUGAGUGAUUGAUUUCAUGGUUUAUAGCCUUACAGCUGAUCAUGUAGCGAUGACACAUGGAACAGCUUCAUAGAAAGACAGUUAUUCACUAUCCAUCAGCAUUACACAGAUGAUCUUGUGACCAGAGUGAAGUAAGUAUAAUGUGUGUGUGACCCACGUUUCACCAGUAACAUCAGGCCUCACCAUAGACUGCUCUGGAGCAGUUGUAUACAGGUAGAAUGAAGCAUUCUGUCCACACAGCCCUUUGUCUUAGCAUUGAUAUAAUGACCUCAGAUGUAUACACUGGUGGACAUGCUGCCAAUUUUCAUAUUCCGUAUGACCUUCAGACAUUUCUUGGCCAAAUGACUUUAAAGGAACAGUGUUUCCCUUUUGAAAAAUAGCCUUCUUCGCAUCCUUGCAGAGAGCUUGAUGAGAUCCAUGUUGUAAGUAUGAAGCUACAGCCUCCCCCACAGCCUCAAAGCUUAGCUUCACAUAAAGACUGGGAACAGAAAACAGCCAGCCUUGCUCUGUCCAACGGUAACAAAACAUGUGACACGGAUUGUUUGCCAGACCUUUUCUUGUAUAUUUUGUGUGCAGUGACUUCCUGGAGUCUUUUUUGUGAUUGUGAGGUUUACUGGUAGGCCAGGCAAAAUAUAUAUAUAUAUAUAUUCAGAUCAAUCAAAUUGAAUUCAUCAAUUGAUAAAUUAAUUUAAUAACUUUCACAAAAGUGCGCUCUUGACAUUUAAUAUGAAACCGUAACUUAUUGAAUUGUAUGAUUAACUAAUUAACUUUCACUCUAACUCAAGUUGUUAUUUUGAUGAGAACUUUUAAGAAAGUAAAAGCACUUUUUACUUUAGUGCCGUUUGUGGCUAUUCUAUCCACCUCUGAUCACAACACUAACAAUUUAUAUUACAUUAUUACAUUACAUUCAUUUUGCUGACGCUUUUGUCCAGAGUGACUUAUAAUCAUUGAGGGUUUUUUUAACCCAUAUCAGAGGUAGGCAGGUAGCAUUAAGGGCCUUGCAUAAGGGCCCACACUGGAUAUUAACAGCCAUGGCCUAACCGAGAAUUUUAUGUAUUAAUCUACCAUGGAUUGGCAUAGCAGUCAUAGAGCCCUUAACACCAAACCCGCACUGCUGGAUAUCUGGCAAGUGAAAUCACUCACUCUACAAACCCUUUUCAAAAUCCAAAAUUAGAGCCCGUGUGUGCAGUUGUUCUUGUGUAUGCACAAAUAUAACCUUCUAGGCCUUCAAACACUAAAGACUGCCUGUAACUCUUACAUAACGAAACACGGAGGAUUGUUGGGGAGGACUAAGCAAACACCAAAUACUUCUCUGACCAAUGAGAAGAAAACUGUGGGCCUCUUGUUGAAGUCUCUCAAAGCGAUGCAAGAGGCAUCACAUUACUUGGGCUGUGUAGAAAUUUAUCCCAUUGCAUUUGAAGGCUGUGGGAGGAUUUUUUUUUGUCGCUGUGUGUACUGAAUCAGAUAUGUCUCUGCUCUUAAAAUAAUAAGAGUGAAUUGCGGACUCCAGUAGUGUUUGCUCUACCUAGAAUUGGAAAUGACGAGGAAGGAAAAUCCAAUAGUAUAUAGUCUCGUUUGCAGUCAUUUUGGAGCACGCUGGAAUGGACGACCCAGUGGGAACUGUAACUGAUGACCGCACCAGGGUAUGUUAUUAUUGGAGCUUCAUUUCUGCUGGCGCCAGGCUUAUCCUGCAUCCCAGGUGGGUGGUAGUAAAAUAUUAAACAAAUAUACAGGAUUUUUAUAAAGAUGUUAAUAGUCUGUAGUCAAAUUAAAGCAUGCAGCCUCUGCAAAUCAUAAGUUUAAGGUCAAUGAAAGCUUGAAUUGUAAGAUCAAGAUCAAUCUUAAUGUUGUUUUUACCAUAAAACACCAUUAAGCGAUGUAUUAAAAAAAGCUGCAAUGAUGCUGUUUUUUUUUAAUCCUUACAGUCAAUUUCUUGCAUGUAUAGCAAACAUUUUUUCCUUGUUGUUCUUGUUCUGGUGAUUUGUUAUAGCUUUAUGUAUUUCCUGUAGCAGCUGUACCACCUUUUCGGUUUUAUGUGAACUGAAAAUAAUCCAACAUCCAUUAUUAUGUAACUACGCUGAAUAGAGAUAUUUAUAAUCUGAUCAUGCUGGAGCUAUGACAUCAUCGAGAGCUGCUGACCAUGACACGCGUUUGGGGAAGCAUGCAAACUGUUCUGUCAUGGGGGCAAUGGGCUGUCAGACCUACGAGGUGGACAAACUCCUGAAACAGUCUCAGAGGGAAGUAGCGUGGAGCCAGAGGCAAAGGUUAACCAUAUCAAAGAAGAACAGCGGCACGGAGAAGCUAAGAAACAAAGUUUCGUCCCAUCAUCCUCCAGAUGUGCCGAGUUUGGAUAGCUUUCAUCUUCUAGAGGACAGCAGCAGAGCUCUGAGACCUAGCCCGGAGACACUGAGUGACCAAAGACUAAAGCAGACGGUACUGGAGACUGAGAUCAGCAACAGACGGAAGGAGUGUGAAGCACUUGAGGCAGAGGUGAAGAAGAAAAAUCAAACAUGUCAGACUUUGGAGAAUGAGCGUCAAGAUUUCCUUCAGAAGAACAAGCAUUUGAACCUCCACUUGUUCAACAGCAGUCACAAGGCAUCUGAGUAUGAGAAGGUGAAGUCUGAGUAUGCCCAGCUCAAAGAGACCCUUGGUGCUGUGACGCAGGAGAGAGAUUUAGCCCUGUGGGAGAGGAACCAGCUCCAAGGCAAACUGGAGAACCUAGAGCAGGUGCUCAAGCAUAUGCGCGAGGCUGCAGAGCGGAGGCAGCAGCUAGAGUUGGAGCAUGAGCAGGCCUUGGCUGUACUCAAUGCCAAGCAGCAAGAGAUUGACAUUCUUCAGAAGGCUCAGGUUGAGGCUAAAAAGGAACAUGAAGGCGCUGUCCAUCUGUUAGAGAACCACUUGGACAGCAUGCAGGCCAAAGUGCGCGAGCUGGAGGAAAAAUGUCGGAAUCAGAGUGAGCAGUUCAACCUCCUGUCAAAAGAGCUGGAGAAGUUCCGACUCCAGGCUGGGAAGUUUGAUAUCCUCAGCACUGAGCCUUUAAAUUUAUGCGAAUCUCCUGGGUCACCCAGCAAAACCCUGUCCCAGCUUCUUAAUGGACUGGCUGCCCCCAUAGGAAAAGGCAAUGAGACUCAAUCAAGCAGAUCUUUGAUAUCGGAGUUCAUUCGACCACUCCAGAUCAGUGGAGAUAAGCCUGAGCUCCUCUCUGUCAAGCCAACAUUCCUCACUCGCAGUCGAGUCAGCAUCCCAGCACGGGCUUUCAUCUCGGAGAUGGACAAAGAGCUGAGCUCUACCACCAGGUCAAAACCUAGAUUCACAGGGAAGGUUCGUCUGUGUAUUGCUCGGUACAGUUAUAAUCCUUAUGAUGGGCCUAACGAGCAUCCUGAGGCAGAGCUCCCCCUGGUGGCAGGAAAGUACCUCUACGUUUACGGGACAAUGGAUGAGGAUGGCUUCUAUGAAGGAGAGCUGCUGGAUGGACAGCGGGGACUCGUCCCAUCCAAUUUUGUGGAUUUUGUCCAAGAUGAGGAGACAUCUUCUGGGCAGCCCAGGGACACAGUGGCUAAACAACCUGGCUACCUCAACCACAGUAGCCUGGGGCCUCAGAGACUGGGGGUUGGCACAGGAACACGAACAGGAACAAGCAUAAGUAGCUUGCUGUCUGACAGUAAACUAGACUGUCUAAGUACCAGCAGCGUGGGCAUUGACCUCCUGGGUUCUUCCAGCAAUGGAACAGGAAUGUUGGAUGUCAGUAUUGACGAAAUUGGUGAAGACAUUGUGCCUUAUCCCCGCCGCAUCAACCUGAUUAAACAACUGGCCAAGAGUGUUAUUAUUGGUUGGGAUCCUCCUGUGGUCCCGCCAGGCUGGGGUCCCAUCAGUGGCUACAAUGUCUUGGUGGAUAAGGAGGUACGCAUGAGUGUCCCCUAUGGGGGCAGGACAAAGUCUCUUAUUGAAAAACUCAAUCUAGUGACCAACACCUACCGUAUCUCAGUGCAGAGCAUCACAGACCGGGGUCCGUCGGAUGAGCUCCGGUGCACUAUGCUAGUAGGAAAGGAUGUAGUGGUGGCACCGUACUACCUGCGGGUGGACAGCAUCACACAGGUCUCAGCUGAGCUCUCUUGGAUGCCCAGCAACAGCAACUACAGUCACACCAUCUUCCUCAAUGGUGCAGAGUACGACAUGGUAAAGGCAGGAGGCUACAAGUACAAGUUCUUCAACCUGAAGUCCAUGACAGUUUAUAAGGUGAAAGUUGUGGCGCAGCCUCAUCAGGUGCCUUGGCAGCUUCCAAUGGAUCAAAGGGAGAAGAGGGAAAUCUCUGUGGAGUUCUGCACUCAGCCUGCAGUGAGUGUGUUGUGCUCCCCAGGGCCUCCUCUGCCUCCUCAAGAGGUGCAGGUCCAGUGUGGUCAGAGUCCCGGGUUCCUGCAGAUAAGAUGGAAGCCACCACCUCUGACAUCUUCAGGAACCUCCAACGGGGCCAGUGUGAUUGGCUAUGCUGUGUGCACAAAGGGACAAAAGAUAGCAGAGGUCUUGUAUCCCACAGCAGAUUAUGUGACCGUGGAGUUAAACAGGAUUCAGUGUCUGGAGGCCAGGGAAGUCAUUGUAAGGACGUUAUCGACACAAGGAGAGUCCCAGGACUCGCCUGUGGCCAUCAUCCCACACAAUCUCUUGGGCUCUCCACGCCUCUCCCACCGAGACACGGCAACCCCCCACCCUAUGCCUCACCCGCAAUCCCAUCCUGUGCACUCACAGACCCAUCCUCCUUACCCGUCAACCUAUCCCCCGACUCACCCUCAGCCCCAGCCCCAGAUGCAGCCUCUGUCUCGAUCACAGCCCCAAACGCUGCCCCACUCACAGUCGCACUCGCAGCCUGUCUGUCAUCCUCCUCCUCCUCCUCAACCCCAGCCUCAUUUCCAGCUCCACCCCGUGUCCAAGUCCAAGCUGUUAGUAAGUGCCAGAGAGCCAGAAACCAAAGAGCAUGAGGCGGGCCUGCGGCCAGUCCAGCCCUGGGAGCGCUCCCCGUCUCCGCUGCCCCCAUCGCGGGGAUCCAACCUAGAGCCGCCCCACUUCCAGCCACGGCGAUCGCCGUCUCCUCAGAGGAUCCUUCCGCAGCCUCAGGGAGUCCCCAUCACCAACACCAUCGCCAAGGCCAUGGCCAGGGAAGCUGCUCAGAGAGUGUUUGCCGAGGGUAACCGGAUUGAGAAAAGAAAUAUCUUUAGUGAAAGAAGUAACGCGUUGCAUCCAGUCAACUCUGACGAGGAGGAGGAUGGAUACGACUCUCCUCACGCGAGGAGGAGAGGCGCCUCGGUGGAUGAAUUCCUCAGAGGCUCAGAGUUGGGCAGACAGCACCAUCAUCACCACUAUAGCCACAGUGAGGAGUACCACACAGAGAGCAGCCGGGGUUCCGACCUGUCUGACAUAAUGGAGGAGGACGAGGAAGAUCUCUACUCGGAGAUGCAAUUGGAGGAAGGCCGCAGGCGUAGUAUCAACUCUCACAACACUCUUAAGGCAUAUUACAAGCGUCAGGACUUAGCCGAGCAAAGAGACAGCUGGGACCUCCAGAGAGAGGUGGUGAAGCAGAAGUCGCUCCGCAGAAAGCGUCUCCACAGCAUCCCUGAGGUGGCCGAGGAGGAAUCGGACUGCAUGGACAGCAUGGGCCAACGCCUGUGCUUUGAAGAGGGUGGACGCCCGGGAACGCCGCACAUUCAGCGGAGGAUGUACCCACAGGACACCCACAUGCACAACAAUAUCACCUCCAGCAAGACCUCCCGCCAUCUGCAGCGCCAGCGCUCCUCCCCUCGCUUCACUGACAGCCGUUACUACUACAAUGCAGACGAGCGCAGUCUAGGACGCCCCAACCGCCAGAACACCAAGAGCCCCGACAGUGGUUUAGACUGCGGCAGUGAGGAGGAAGGCUCUCUAGGCCGGGGUCAUCGGGGGUACUAUGCUCAUGGUAGCCCACUGAGGGGAUCCGUGCGCAUCAUUCACUGUGAGGGCCCGGUAGAAAGGCGAGCGCUGGCAAUGGGCCGUAAAAGAACUCUGACCCGCCAGUGCAGCGUGGAGGAGGAGUUCGCUGACGUUCCAGUGACUGCAGUCAAGUUUGUACACAGGGGUGACUUUAGGAACAGGGAGCACUUUGGACCUGGUCGGGAGGCCGGGCCGCGAAACUGCUCCAGGGAAGGGGCCCUGAGCGAGGGCAGGCCGAACGAGCUGGACAGGGUCUAUUACAGCCCCCACAGGGAGGCUAGGGCCCAGUCUUUGUCCAGGCUCAACCGGGACCAGCCGCUGAUAAUUGGGAACUCACCAUCACAUGGAAACGCUGAUCGUCUGGACCAUUCGGGGAGGAGGCCGGUUCACAUCGGUACCCCCCCUCAACGACGACCCAUCCCAUCCAUUGAGAUCACCAUGGACAGUAACAGUGAGGGGAGUGAGGGGAACCUCUCACCCGUCAAGGAGGAUGUUUACUAUGGCAGUGUAGCUCGGCGCAGGAAAUGGCGAUCUAUGUCCUCAGAGGAUCAAUAUGACGGCUAUGGCGGUCGCAGGCACGGGCGGGGACGGCGUUCCCUGGAUUACUAUGAGGAAUCAGAGCCAGAGGAGAUGACCCGUGUGUUUGUGGCUCUGUUUGACUAUGACCCCAUGUCCAUGUCUCCCAACCCUGAUGCUGCUGAUGAGGAGCUGCCAUUCAAGGAGGGCCAGAUCAUCAAGGUGUUUGGGAAUAAAGAUACGGAUGGCUUCUACAGGGCGCAGAUUCGAGAACGAGUGGGGCUGAUCCCCUGUAACAUGGUGUCUGAGAUCCAAACGGAGGAUGACGACAUGAUGGACCAGCUCCUCAAACAGGGCUUCCUGCCUCUCAACACACCUGUUGAGAAGUUAGUGAACUGUGACCGUUUCAAAGAUGGCCGCUCAAUAAAUCGCAGGUCCAGAAAAUCCAAGAGAGAGAGGAACAGGCGGAGUGGCCGUCAACAUCCAAUGUCAACACGGAGAAUGGUUGCUCUGUACGACUACGACCCCAGAGAGAGCUCCCCUAACGUUGAUGUAGAGUAUGAGGGCAACAGACUGAAUGAGGAGGCUGAACUGACGUUCUGCGCCGGUGACGUCGUCACAGUUUUUGGUGAAAUAGAUGAAGAUGGCUUUUACUAUGGUGAGCUCAAUGGACACAAAGGUCUUGUUCCCUCCAACUUCCUAGAAGAAGUGCCUGACGACGUAGAGGUUUUUCUCACUGACUCACCGUCUCGAUACCCCCAGGACAAUCCAGCACGGAUAAAGACCAAAAGGGUUCCAUCGGGAAAAUCGGCUCCGCCCAGAAGAGCGGCCUCUCCUACAGUGUGUCCACGGAUCCCUGGCUCUGGCCCUGCCACCGUGGGUGCUCUCCAAUGGGAAGAAACUAUUGCAAAGACUUGGCGCUGUACAAUAAUUCCUUGACAUACUUGGCAGAGUAUCAGACACUCGCUCGCAGUGUUAAAAAGAAAAAAAAAAAUCUAAAUAUCGCCCAGUCGACAGGUGGCAUCUGUGAGCUCAGCAAAUGCUUUAUUCUUGUACAUCUAUUGUAUACUAGUAUAUUUGUAAUUUGUUAACGGUAUCAACUACAUAUUUUCAACAACACAUUUCAUACUAAUGGUCCCGAGAACCUCAUGGUGUCAGCUGAUGCAGUCCACAGUUUCUUACCUCUGAGUCUCUGGCUAACAAGGUUUUUGCUGAAGACCGAGACGGGGCCGGGGCCUGCUCCAUUUUGCACUUGGUCAAUUCUGAUGACACGUAGCAUGCCACUUUAUGAGCCUGGCCAGUGUCUCUGUAUGCAGAAGUCAGAAAACCAUUCAAGGGCUCAAUCUGGGAGUCCAUUUCCUGUCCAUUUUUGAGGGUUCUGGUGGACUUGGGAGGGCUUCGACCAGAUUGUAUGAGAGGCUUGCAUGCUUUACUUUAGCACAUUCCCUCCUGAGCCCGAGAGAGGGCAUGCGACGUGAUGCACUCAGUGUGGAACCUGGAGCAUGCAGAAGUUUUAAUACACAGACCUGCUGUUUCCUGCGACAAAUCAGCAGAAUAAACUCCCACUCCUCUGCCCCAUCUCAAAAACGUAAAGUGUAUGUCAGGCCCCCUUAAAACAAGCACAUAUGUUCCUGCUACAGGGUCUUUGCAGUAAAAUGAGCCUGGGUGGAAACGCCUAGUAGAUCCAACCUUGGUGUAUUUGCCUUAUAUUCGCACAAUGGUUAGAACUUUGCCCAGAGGGGUGUGCAGCUCCAUGCCUCCUAUUGAUUUACAGAUGAGAAACAGGACAAUUCCAUCAACCAUAGGACAGAAGGGGUCACUGAAUGGUUAGAGGAGUAUGAAAAUUAUGUAAAUCAUAUGUUAUGGCCUUCACAGUCACCAGAUCUCAGUCCAAUUGAACACCUAUGGGAGAUUUUGGACAGACUGUGCCCUUCACCAUUCUCAAGACACAGAAUGAGGGAAUAUGUGUUGGAAGGAUGGUGUUCAUCCCUGCAGUGGAGUGCAGAGACUUGUAGAAUCUUUGCCAUUGCACACAGAAGUAUUUCUGUCAGCUUUUCCUUUCAUUUGUCACGUGUACGUGGAGUCACACAGUAACACCAGAUCUGUUGAUCCGGACAUGUGAUGUGCAGGUUACUGUGUGAGGCUGUCGUGAGUCCCACAGGGCCAGAGAUUACACGAGCAUCCCACAUUCUACUUACAAUGUCAAUCAUCCACAGUUGAGCCCCCCCCCAAAAGGAAGAUUUCUUUAGAAAAUAGAUAAUUCAAGAGGCAAACUUUCCCCCUGCGAAGCAAAGUUAUGGGGCUACUGAAAAAAAAUUAAAGGGGCUUCUUUUCAUGAAUUCACGGCUUGUGCGGCCCACACUGAUUUAAAACAAUGACUUCAAAGGAACAGAUUAAAGGAUAAAUAAAUCAUUAGUGUUAUAUUGCAUCAACAAUUAUGUCCUGUUGUACUGCAUUUGAUUCAUAACAUGCAGCACUUUUAGGCUUCAGUAGUAAACAGUGAGACACAAGGCUACCUCGACGCUGCCCCUCUACUCGUCUAAGCCCAAAUCUAUAGGUGUUUAUUCAAACCAAUCUGUCAAUGAUGCCUGUUGUGUCCCGAGUUCUGUUGGUGCAGGAUACAAGUACUGUAUAUCUAUAUAUAUAUAUAUCAUACAUAUAUAUCUACAGCUUAGAAUAGUGAAUGUAUGAUGAAUUGAAAGCCAAUGUAAUUUCAAAGCUGCCCAAAACGAUUGUGCAGAUGUCCGUCUUGAUGUGCGUGAUAUCGAACAGUCCAUCUUCAUCUCGUCACACCACUGUUUUCCAUUUCAUCCUCGAGUAUUUUCAAAUCGUCUAUUUUUUCUAAACACAAGUCAAACCUAAACUGCCAAAAAAUAAAGAAUGUAUGCAAAACAUUCUGAUACUAUCUGUACAAUUUUCGGCCAAACAGCCAUGUCAACUUAGCCUAAGGUAAACCGAUGUACAUCUUUUCCUAUUUCUGGACCAAGUCCUGAAAACAUUGCUUCUAUUCAGUUUGAGUGACUGUUGCUCUUUUUGUACUUUGUCCAUUUGUAAAAUUGUUUUUAAAUGUUUAUACUUGAUUUUCAAACUGCCUUUUUUGUACAUUUAACUUUAUAAUCAAACAGUGCAAGCUUUCCCCAUGGUGUCUUUAAGACCAUAUUGUUUUAAAGUCUGCAGUUGUGUGCUAGCUUUGUGAUAAGAAUUAUCAGCCUAUAUUGGUGGUUACAAAUUAUCGUGUGGGUGUGCAUGUGCAAUCUUUUCUAAAAAAAUUUAAUCUAAAUAAAUUUGAUAUUUUGUA